AAGAAUUCAGUUGAUUAGAUAUAAAUAUGUACUAAUUUGAGCCCGUGAUCUCAGCUGUCUUAUAUUCAUUAGGAAUUCUUUUUGUAUAGAAAUAUUUUUUCAAGAAGAAGGUGCUAUUAACUGCAGGAUACACAGUGUCGUUCAUAAUAAUAUCAUCUUUUAAUACUUGACUUUCAUACAAUAAUAUACAAAGGGAAAAUGUCAAGAAAAUGUAGGAUAUAAUUAUUUUCAAACGGUUAACAACCUCCAGUAUCUUACCUCUUAACAAUAUCUUAUAUUAAAGUGCAUCAAUACACAUCGGUUAGUUUUACAUUGAUACUGAAAUGGAGACUGAAAAAUACAAAUUUGAAACAACGUCUGACACGAACGAAGACGUAAUGAAGGAUGUGCGGGUGCAAUGGUCAAACAAAGCAGAAUUUGCUUUAUCAUGUAUUGGAUUUUGUAUUGGAUUAGGAAAUGUUUGGAGGUUUCCAUAUCUAUGCUAUAAAAAUGGAGGUGGGGCAUUUCUGAUACCAUACUUUCUCACAGCACUUUUUGCAGGGCUGCCAAUGUAUUUUAUGGAGCUGGCAUUGGGACAAUGGUUAAGUAUUGGCGGACUAAGCGUUUGGAAAAUAACCCCAAUUUUCAAAGGGGUUGGUUAUGCUUCAGCAGUGAUGGCCGCCUGGUUGAAUUGUUAUUAUAUUGUCAUUUUGGCCUGGGCAGUAUACUACCUCUUCAGGUCUUUUACUUCCAUCCUACCUUGGUCUACAUGCGAUAAUGAGUGGAACACUGCAAAUUGUAUAGCAAAGUACCAGAAACUUGCUAACUGUACGAACGGAACAUCUUGGACAGUAGGGGUGAAUAUGUCUUCAAAUAUGUCCGAAUGUUCAACAAAUGGGAUAAAUUCGACAUCACCUGUGAGAGAAUUCUGGGAACGCCACGUACUACAGAUUAGUUCAGGUGUGGAUGAGCCUGGUGAUAUCAGAUGGCAACUUGCUUUAUGCUUGCUACUAAUUUGGGUUUUGUGCUAUUUCUGUAUAUGGAAAGGAGUAAAAUGGACAGGAAAGGUAGUAUAUUUCACGGCAACAUUUCCAUACAUACUACUGAUAGUACUACUGAUAAGAGGGGUCACAUUACCAGGGGCAAGUGAAGGCAUCAAGUUUUAUGUAUUACCUGAUAUCAACAAACUAAAAGAUUCCAAGGUAUGGAUAGAUGCUGCAACACAGAUAUUCUUCUCUUAUGGACUUGGUCUAGGUUCCCUGAUAGCCCUUGGUAGCUACAAUAAGUACAAUAAUAAUGUCUACAAAGAUGCUUGUUUGAUAUCAAUGUUGAACAGUUUUACCAGUAUGUUUUCUGGAUUUGUAAUUUUCUCUGUUGUUGGGUUUAUGGCACAUGAACAAAAUAAACCAGUGUCCGAAGUAGCUGCGUCAGGUCCUGGUCUAGCAUUUCUAGCUUAUCCGAGUGCUGUUAUCCAGCUUCCGUUAUCACCACUAUGGUCUUUUCUAUUUUUUCUGAUGAUAAUAAUGCUGGGAAUGGAUAGUCAGUUUUGUACAAUGGAAGGAUUUUUUACAGCUAUUAUUGACGAAUUUCCACAUCAUUUUCGCAAGCGACGAGAAUUAUUUAUAGGAGCUGUAUGUUUUAUUUCUUACCUCGUUGGACUCUCAAUGAUAUCAGAGGGCGGGAUGUAUGUAUUUCAACUGUUUGACUACUAUUCAGCUAGUGGAUUAUGUCUACUAACAUUGAUAUUCUUUGAAUGUAUUGCUGUAGGAUGGGGCUACGGGGUGGACAGGUUUUAUGAAAACCUAAAGAGUAUGUUUGGUUACUAUCCAAGUGUAUUUUUCAAGUUUUCAUGGGUUGUAUCAACACCUGCUCUCAGUUUGGGAAUUUUAAUCUUUUCGUUGGUGAAAUUUGAACCUGUAAAAUAUCUAGAGUAUUCCUAUCCGUCAUGGGCUCAUGUUAUAGGAGGCUUUAUGGCUCUGUCAUCUGUCUCUAUAAUUCCAAUAUAUAUGGUGUUUAAGUUUGUUACUACUCCAGGAACAUUUAGACAGCGUGCAAAGAAAUUGUUUAGACCUGAUAUAGAGCUACCUGGUGAACUAGGACCACCUCCAUCUUACACUGCUGUUACAACUAUAAUAGAACAGAAUCAUAUUCUUUAACAAGACAAAAAUCUAUCAAAUAUUUUUCAAUUCCACUUAUAUGUUAUGCCUAGUUUAUGUAGCUAUUAAUGACAUUUGUACAAAUCUUUUAUAACUCAAUAACUUUACCGUAUUAAAAUGUUUGAGCUGU